AUGGUUGAUUCGGUUUCAUCUCAAUUGCCCAAUAGGACAACAUACAACUUGCCCAAACCCAAACCAGCAUACUACCCACACCCAGGAUCACCUUUGUACGCUGAUAAAUCAUUCUAUGACUCCAUUGCAAAAGCACCCAAAACAUUAGUCAAUAAAGUUCGAUGUGAACCACGUACAGGAAUUGCAAUUAAGAUCCCGGCAAAAUCUGUAUUUAGAAUAACCACCCCUGAUGGACCACAAGUUUGUGAUUUAAACAUUUGGAAUGCUAAUGACCCCAAAGAACGAUUUUGGGCGGCUCGAACUAGACAAUUGCAUUCUGCUCAUGUGUCAACUUAUGAUCGGUUAUGGUCAAAUUUGCCCUAUUUACGUCCAUUGGUGACAAUCAUUGGUGAUUCAAUGUCGUCUAGACAUGAUGAAUGGGGUGGUCGCGUCCAUGACACAUUGGGUACACGAUGCGAUCCGUACGUUGAUAAACUAAUUAGCGGGGAAGAUAAUGAUAAUCACUGCCAUUCAAACUUAUUUCGAGCUAUCAAGCCAUUUGGAUUAACUGAAUUUGACGUUCAUGAUGUGCUCAAUGUGUUUCAGGUCACUGGAUUGAAUGAAUACGAUCAAUAUUUCAUGGAAGCUUGUCCUGCUACGCCCAAUGAUUAUUUUGAAUUGUUUGCUGAAUUGGACUUGCUUGUUGCCAUUAGUGCUUGUCCUGGUGGUGAUUUGUCACAAUGGGGAUGGGGCGAGCACCAAGAUGAUUUGGGUGAACUGAAGAUGGUGGAUUGCUGUCGAGCUCUCGAAAUUGAAGUGUAUAAAUUGGAUGACGAAAAAGAGGUUUUACAAGGCUGGAAACUGCCUGAAGUUGUCAAUUACACUGGUAACCAUGGAUUGAAGAAGGAAUAA